CGGGGGGGGCUGACAUCACCGGUCCGGCCCCGAACCUUUUAGCGCGGGGUCGGCGGCCCCGCCGCGCACUCCACCGGCUCCCGGUCCCGCACCGCCCGCACCUCCCGCAGCAGCGCCCCCAGGGCUCCCACCCACCGCAGAGAUGGCAAACAAGGGCCCUGCCUAUGGCAUGAGCAGGGACGUGCAGUCCAAGAUCGAGAAGAAGUACGACGAGGAGCUGGAGGAGCGGCUGGUGGAGUGGAUCGUGGCGCAGUGCGGCUCCUCCGUGGGCCGCCCCGAGCGGGGCCGCCUGGGCUUCCAGGUCUGGCUGAAGAACGGCGUCGUCCUCAGCCAGCUGGUGAACAGCCUCUACCCUGCCGGCUCCAAGCCCGUCAAGAUCCCCGACGCCCCCCCGACCAUGGUGUUCAAGCAGAUGGAGCAGAUCGCUCAGUUCCUCAAGGCGGCUGAGGACUACGGCGUGGUCAAGACGGACGUGUUCCAGACCGUCGACCUCUUUGAAGCCAAGGACAUGGCGGCGGUGCAGAGGACGCUGAUGGCCCUGGGGAGCCUGGCGGUCACCAAGAACGACGGCAACUACCACGGGGACCCCAGCUGGUUCAUGAAGAAGGCGCAGGAGCACAAGCGGGAGUUCACCGAGAGCCAGCUGAAGGAGGGCAAGAACGUCAUCGGCCUACAGAUGGGCAGCAACAAGGGCGCGUCACAGGCGGGGAUGAGCUACGGCCGGCCCCGGCAGAUCAUCAGCUAGGCAGCCGCUCCCCGCCGCCCCCAGCGCUCCCGCCGCCGCCGGGAGAGCAGCCCCGGCCGGGACCUCCGUCUCCGCUCCCCCGGCCCAGCGCGCCGCAGAGCCGCCCCUCACC